ACAGGUCCAUCUUGUAAAUGAGAUCUUGGAUGAGACAACCUAUAUAAAUAAAGGUAAUAUAACAAUUAAAAUGAAUAAUUUUUAGAUGAAAGAUUAAAUCAAUUUGGGUUACAAGAGAUUUAAAAAAAACUUGAAACUUGAACGCACCAUACAGUUAAAACGCAGCUGAGUAUAAGUGGGAAGUACAUAUCAACGGGAGAACCAAGCGAGAUAAAACACCGGAAAGCGCAUGCGCAAAAGAGGAAAACCUAAAUUCCCUUCCGGUUCACGGCUCAGACUGCAUGAUGGCUGUGCGUGGUGAAAACGUGUCUCAAAAUACCCAAGAAGAUGCAGUUUGUCAGCUUGAGGACGACCAUCAACAGAGCGAUUCAGAGGGAGAAGGUAUUAACGAAGACUCUGACGACGGAGAAAACACAGACAGCCAUGAUGGCGACGAAGCGGAGAGUGAAAAGGACCAAGACAACGACUCGGACGCCGUUGGCGGUUGGGCAGACGCUAUGGCAAAAAUCCUGGGGAAGAAAACUGCGCCGAACAAGAGCAGCAUCCUGGCUAAUAAGAAAGCGGUGACGGAGAGAAAGGAGCUGCUGGAGAAAAAGAAAGAAGCAGACAAGAAACGAAAGUGGGAAAUGAUGUUUCGAGAAAAGCCUGACAUCUUGCGGGACCGUGAGCUUGAGAAAGCCCUGCAGAGGACCGCCACCAGGGGGGUGGUGCAGCUCUUCAACGCCGUGAGGAAACACCAGAAAAACACGGGUGAAGCGCUGAAGGAGGUCGGUGGGUCUGAGAGAAAGAAGGCUAAGAUUAUAUCCUCCAUCUCAAAGAAAGACUUCAUCGAUGUGCUGAGGCGGACUGAAGAAGGAAACAAGGUUUCUGUGAAGAUGGAGAAUCCUCCUCCUCCUGUGUCUGAGCAGAAGCCAGCGUGGAGUGUCCUGAGAGAGGACUUCAUGAUGGAAGCCAGCAUGAAAGACUGGGACAAAAACAGUGACACGGAGGAGGCUGGUCUCCAUAAAUGAUAUGGAAGAGAUUUGGACUGUAUCUUCCCAUGUAGGUCUGAAUACCGAAGCUCCUGAUGAGAGACAAGCUAAUGAAGGGAGAGGCUCCCUUAGUCUGGACGAUAAUUUGCUAAGUUUGGUUGUUCUGUGUUUAUAACCUAAAAGAAUAUAAAUUGUCUGAAAUCAGCAUUUUCAAGAUGCUCCGCUGCAAAGUACGUGUGUAUCAUAUUUUUGUUUUGAUGGAUGCAACUGAAAACAUGUCAAAUCAAAGAAUUGCAAAUUUAGUAUUUUCAGAAUCUAUUCAUUGUUUCCCCUUUAAAAUAAAUAAAAAAAGACAUAAACUUGAUUUUAAAAAG